AUGCACACCACAUUCUCCCGCCUCUUCGUUCUCAUCUCCCUCUGCUCGCUCCUUGUGUCAGCCGCCACCCAGCCCAGCUUCCGUCUGCGUGGUCUCGAGACUGGAACCCGCACCGUCAGUGCCGUCAAUAGCCGAAAUCUCAAGCAGUACGACCCACGCUCCCCUGCUGCUAUCGAGCGCCGUCGCCGCCGUGCUCUGGGCAUCUAUCCUCGUCAGUCUGCGGCCCCAGACGACUCUGUCGGGGCCCAGUCGUUCGAUGGGGGUUCCGACACCGCGCAGCCCGCCGACAAUCAAAGUAGCUCCCCCUCCGUCCUCGGCUCGGUCCCUGACACUCUUUCGGCUGUCGGUGGCAUUGUUCUGGGCGCCAACUUGAAUGGACAAGAUUUGACCUCUUCCCUUCCCGUCUCAGGCACGAUCCUUGGUUCAGGUUCCAGCAUCGUUUCUGCUCCUGGUAGCGAGGUUCUACCUGCCGCUUCUGACACUGUCUCCGGAGCCACUUCAGGUUCUGUGACCGAUGCAGGCUCCAGUCUCAACUCCGCCGUGUCCAACGCCGCUACUAAUAGUGUUCCUAACAUCGUCUCCGGCAGCAGCAGCGGGAGUGGGAACGGGAACAUAGUUGCUCCUAUAGGAACUGCGUCGGGAUCUGGUUCUGGAAGCGGGUCGGCCUCUCUUUGA